GAUUGCCAAAGUGACAUGAGUAAUCGCAUGAAGACCUUGGAUCACUCUUUAAUCUCUUUAAUGUGUAUUUCUUCUACUUAUAGAAAGGAUAUGUUGAGACUGGAUUGAAGAGUGCAUGGUUUAAAAGCAAUGUCUGACUAGGACUUUGAAAUAUCUCAAAUGGAGUGUACACCAGGAAGAUCCAGGCCUCCUAGGCCCCCUCCUAUGGCACCUCAGACCACUGUUGCUCUGGUACAGGAGAAGAUAAAGAAAGUGAAACGAUACCACAAUGAAGCGUAUCAACAAAUCAACAAAGCACUUACAUAUGAUGAACAAGGACAAAAAGACCAGGCUUUACAGCUGUACACCCGGGGCUGCCAGUACUUGGACAGGGCACUGUCCAUACAGUGCGAUGGAACUGGAGAUGACUUUGAAGAUGUCAAACAGCUGAAACAAAAAAUGGAAAAAACAAAGAUUCAGAUAAACAGUAGGAUUGAAGCUUUGAAAGAGGAUGAGGCUGUGGCCAUGGCUAUAGAUGAUCCACCCCCAUCUUACCAAGCUUCCAUGUUUGGUGCUUCCCAGGAUGAAUUUGAGGCUCUUGGUGAUAGUAUAAUGGCAAAUGAAAAUGGUGAACCAUCAAUGGAAACCAAUGCUGAAGCUAUGUACUCCAUUCCAGAGGGUGUUCAAAUAUACUGGAUAACUCCCCAGGGUUAUGUCAGUGCCCCCUCCUACCCAGCAGCCUUACAUAUAUUUAAGUUUAAAGAACAGGAGCCCCAAGGUGCAAGCAGCAUACCCCGUCCUGAGGGUUUCCUUAAGGUGGGAGAUUGGGUGUACCCUCUUCAGCCAGGGAGAUCCCCAGUUCUUCAUGCCAGGAACGGGGCAUAUAUGUUUCCAGAUGUUCUCUCAGCUCAAGACGAAAUAGGAGAGAAACCUACUGAGUAUGGGCCUGAACCUGGCUUGAAUUCCAAGAAGAAAUCUGUUUUGUUUUCAGGAUCAGCUGUAGGACUAAUGUUGCCCCCAGACUUGCCAACCUCAGAGAGGGAAAAUUUUGAAGGGAUUCUCCACUCCCUGACUGCCUUGCAAGAGGAGCCCCUUCCCACUGAGAGACCAGAGCCCCCUAGUGAGGCCCCUAGGGAGCCAGGAAUAAUUGAGGAAGACAGAACAAGUGCAAAAAUAUCUAGAGGACUGGUCACAGCUGCAGAAUGGGUGUCCUGGGGGUUAGGAAAAGCUUCAGAGAAAGGGGGAGAACUUCUGAAGAUGGGUGCAGUCAAGAUGAAGGAGCAUUUGAAACCAGAAGAACAACAACCAAAUGUAGAUCCCCGUGUACAAAAAGGGUUGUUGUAUGCCAGGAAAGGAACUGGGGUGGCUGUCAAAGUCAGUGGAUUUCUUGUGAAUAAACUUGGUGAGGCCACCAUGUUGUUAGGCCGACAGCUGGCACCACACAUAAAGAAACAUGGCACCCGACUGUUACCCAAGGAGUUAAAGGCCAGUGACCAGGAGGGAAGAUCGAAGAUUGACGAUGUGCUUGAAGUGGCAGGAGGGGGCUUAAAAGGUUUAGGAACAGUGUACAAUGGUUUAGAAGUUGCAGCCAAAGCUCUUGGAAAAAGCAUUGCUACACAGACAGUUGAUGUUGUUCAGCACAAAUAUGGUGAGCAGGUUGGCAGUGCCACAGAGCAUUCUUUGUACACAGCAGGCCAUGUUGUCAUGACUGGAUACAAUGUCAAGGAAAUGGGCAUCAAAGCAAUAGCCAAGAGAGCUGCCAAAGAUACUGGAAAGGCUGUUUUAGAAGAUUACAAAACAGCCAAGGUUUCUAAAGAGAAUGGCACACAUACUGUCACAAUGUCGGAAUUAAAAAAGCCACCUCGUCCUCCUCCACCUGAUGCACCAAAAUGACACCUUUUUUGCAUGCAGUUAAACAAAUCCUAUGUACAAACAGAAUUGGACCCUCGGAGUUUUAUUUUUUUUUAUUUAUUUAUUCAUUUAUUUAAAUGCUAUUUAUGGAUACAGUGGAAGAUGAUUUGCUACUCUGGGUCCCUUUUACUAAGAGCUUAUGUCAACUUGAUAUACAUAUAAUGGCAUAAAGUAAAUUCUUUUAUCAUAUUUAAGAUGUGUGAUAUUUGUGGAAUAUAUCAGUUUAAUUUGUAGAGUUAUUUUAACAUAUUUGAUAUAUGUUUUAUUUGAGAUGUAUACCAGUUAAAGUUUAGUGUCAUUGUUCUGUGAUAACAGCUGUGAUUGUUAUUUAUGGGAUGUUUAUUUUAGUGGAAAUAAAAUGAUUAUGUAUAUCAUUCAUGAUGCACCGUUAAGUAUAUUUACAUGUAGGACUGAACCCAAUCAAAAAAUGCCCCCAAAUUGUAGCAAGUUGGUGAUUAAAUUGCAUUGACUUGUGGUUCAAGUGCAGUAAUUAUUGUUAUAAUAGUAGAAGUAAUGUCAAUGCUUAUACACUGUGCUCUUUUGGUAUGGGGAACAGGUCUUGAAACAUCCACGUUUUUCUUCAAAGUGACAAAUGCCAUGGAUAGUGUCAUUGUUACAUUUGUUUACCUUUGAUUUAGUUUAGUCAUUUUGGUGGCAUAUUUAGUAAGAAUCAACGUACUAUACAGUAAAAAUAUUUUUCUGUUAAUACAAUGAAUAUGCAUUCCUCCUACUAGUUGUUUGCUUCAAUGCUUUUGAGUUUCGUUUCAUCAAGUGAUAACGACUAAAAAUAUACAUUAUUAUCAUUUAAUUAUAAGGCA